GGCUCUCACUGGUUCCUGCUCUCAGUCUGGCAUCCAGGAGCCUCCAUCUCCAGUUUCACUCAAAGAGAAGUUUUUGUCCUGAUGAUGGCUGUGAGAAACCAACCGGGGAUUUACGCACCCUCUGACUUCCAGACUGGAGUGUUAGACUGUGGCAGCGACUUGAAAGUUUGCCUCUUUGGGUGUUUUUGCCAGCCCUGCCUUGGCUGCAGCAUCGCCAGUGACAUGAACGAGUGCUUCCUGUGUGGAACACACAUGGCCAUCCGCAGCGUCUACAGGACCAGAUACAACAUCAGUGGCUCGUUGUGUGGGGAUUUUGUGGCAAUGUUGUGCUGUAGGCCGUGCACCCUCUGCCAGCUGAAGAGAGAUAUCAACUGCAGGAAGGAGCAAGGCAUUUUCUGAGCAGAUGCUGCCAUGACAACAGAGAUGCAAUAAAUCUGCUGGAUUGCUGUGUUGAUAAAGUCCAAUAAUAUGUCACACUAGUCUUGUAAAGUUUUUAAAUCAGCUGUACUCCUCUGAGGGAAAUGACACUUGUCUUCUCGACUCAGUUAAACAUUAGUCAGCUGGGAGUGGAGCAUCGUGAAUUACUGCUGCUAUCCAUAAUUGAAUUUAGUUUCUGUUCUGUCCACAUCCUACUGAGCAGUCAGAAGGAUUUGGUGAUGACUGUUGUUGACUUUGACUGCUUCGGUGCUGUCAUUAACUUUUUUUCUGUGACUAAAACUUGACAUGAAGGCAGCACGUUUUUAAAUAAAGCAAUGAUCCUGGCAUUAGAAAUGUGAUUUUACCUGAACUCUCAUCAAGUUCUCUUUGAGAAAUUCUUUUUAAUAAAAAUAUUUUAAUACGAAGCAAAA